UCAGUUUGUCCGAUGGCUUGUCGCGUGUGUGAGUCCUCGGUGCGCUAUGUGAACUAGCACUCCUUUCAAAGACGGCAAAACCUUUGCUUCUUCUUCUUGCUCGUCGGCGAAACGGGAAUCUUUUUUCUCUUUGUGUGCGUGCGUGUUAAGUGGGCUGCGAAGUGCCCCGUACGGAAUGGGCCGUGUCCGCUGCCCCACCGGGGACCGGACGCUCGCAGCGGUGAUUUCUGUGGUGGUGUUACUGUCGUGGAACUCCUACUACGUCGGAUGUAGUCACUUAAGAGGAACAUCAAGGAGGCUAAUCGUAAGAGAAGGUCAUCAAACGGAACUUCCCUGUGACCUCCGAAGCGCCUCUUCCAACGAAUCCUUGGCGGUGGUCCACUGGUACCACCAACCGGAGCGAGACCUCCAUUCGGGAUCCCGACUCAUGCCACAUACGCGGGAACCUAUUUAUACCGUGGACUUCGGUCCGGACCCGGUGCUAGCGAUAUCGGGAGCUGCCCCUGGUAUUCCGCCACUGGGACAGACCGCGUUGCGUGGAAAUAACCUGUUGCAGGUGAACCGGACCGCUGGGCCCGGUUGGCAAGGACGUGCUUAUUUCUCCAUCAUCGGGCACCCCGCGAGUCUUAAAGUGAACAGUGUGAGGUUCGAGGACGCCGGAGUAUACACCUGCACUGCGGUCUUCAGGGACGGGGCCCGGAAGAAUUCCACGGUACGGCUUCACGUUGUAGCACCUCCCGAACCCCCUGUGAUUCGAGACGGGGAAGGAAAUGAACUUCGCGGUGUCAUCGGGCCUUACAACGAAGGCAGCACUCUGCCGCUCGUCUGCGUUGUUUACGGAGGUAAGCCUAAGCCGACGCUGGUGUGGACGGGAAUAUCCGACGGAAUGCUGGCCGAGGUGCGACCAUCUUCUGAGGCCCAACUGACGACGUCGACGCUUCUCAUCCACUCACUACGAAGGGAGGACCUGAGAACUAAAUUGACCUGCUCGGCUUCUAACAAUAUUUCAUCGCCGGCAUCAACGUCUGUCACGCUGAACCUCAACCUCCGACCAAUCGCGGUGAAGAUUCGUCGCGGUGAUACGCCAAUAUCCGCGGGCCUUCCAGCGGAGAUUGUGUGCGAAGUAUGGGGUUCCAGGCCUCCUCCGCUGGUCACCUGGUGGAACGGACUGCAGCAGCUGAACCACACGUUCGUGUACGUGUCCACGGACGGCAACGUGACCACGAGCGUCGUCUCCUUCACACCGACGAGCGACGACCACGGCUCCAACCUCGCCUGUCGAGCGAAAAACCCCGCCAUGGUUGAGAGCGUUGAGGAAGAUACGUGGACCAUGGACGUUCAAUACAAGCCAAAGAUAUCCCUGCAACUGGGCACCAAGCUGGACAUUGAGAACAUUCAAGAAAACAACGACGUGUACUUAGACUGCCAAGUAGACGCCUACCCGCCCGUCGACGAGGUCAACUGGCAACUGGACGGCAAGGACUUACUGGCCUCCGACAACGUCAUCAUCAGCAAAAACUUUCUCAUCAUCCAGAAAGUCCAGACCCAUCAUUCAGGCUUCUACGCGUGUAGUGCCGAAAACUCCGAAGGACGGACUCAAGGAGAAAGGCUCCAGCUCCGGGUUCAGCAUGCUCCUUUGUGCAAGGAGAACCAGAGCAUCGUGUACGCAGCCUCUCGCCAUCAAGAGGUGGAAGUUCACUGCGAGGUGGAGGCGGAUCCAACAGACGUCACGUUCCAGUGGAGUUUCAACAGUACUAUUCAAAAUAGGCCUAUCGAAAGCUUCACCAGCCAAGGAACGCGAAGCAUCGCGCGUUACAUACCACAUAGUCACACCGAGUACGGGACUCUGCUCUGCACGGCAGCGAACCGCAUCGGAAAGCAGAAGCAACCAUGCCUGUUUCAUGUUGUGCAAGCUGGACCUCCUGGACCUGUUGAGAACUGCUCGAUAACCAACCAGACGGAAGGAUCAUUACACUUGGAAUGCCAAGCCGGAUCGGACGGACACCUUCCGGCUCAUUUCCAGCUAUCCGUUCACGAUGUGACGACGGUGGCCCUUAUCCUCAACAUGACAUCCGAUAAGCCAGACUUCUGGGUGCGCGACCUAAAACCCGGCGUGGAAUACUUUCUCGUCGUCUGGGCAGUGAAUGAACGCGGGAGGAGCCCGGAGCUCACAAUCCUCCCUCCCAUUAUGCCACUUGUAGGGAAGCUCACAAAGUCGGGAAACACGGUCAGAAUAUCCUCUAACGCUCUGCUUAUCGCCGUCAUCUCGUCAGUAGUUGUUCUCUGCCUCCUCCCCAUUUUUGUUCUGGUGGCAGUCAAGCUGAAGAACAAGCGUUUCUUCGUCAAAGAACGCGAGCAGAAAAAAGAGACCGUAGAAGAGGACGAGUGCCCUUCGACCACAGCAGCGAGUCCCGAAGAGGCGACACAGCUGCAGGUCUCCUCCAUCUACCCGAAGGAAGACAACCAGCUGUGGAUUGUGAAAAAGAGCACGGGACUAUGAAACUGUGUGCGCGAUGGACCGACAAGACGAUCUCCUCGUUUACAAAGGAUACUGUGAUACUGCACAAAUGUCCACCAACUAUCAUCGCGGCUAAGCAGGAUCAUCACUGUGUGUGCUGUGUUGGGUGAAGUCAUUGUGAUGGACUCGUAGACUUUCUCUGCUGCUCAACAGCCCGAUGCCGGUCCCUUCCGGUUACACAGGCGUAAUGCCGACAGCUCAACGGGUGUUCUUUCCUUCUGGCUACGUGCCGCCAAUACUAGUGGCACUUCGGAAUGCGGACAAGAUGGAAUAUAUGUGUAUAAAAAAUGACGCUUGCAGCUGUGGUGGUUCUUUGAGAGUACUAUUUUUCUAUCUCCGGUGACUGAUUGUACAUAAGAGAUGUUGCUAUAAACACGUGGGACUCCUGUUUAAAAAAAAUACUUUCCAAGGUUGUUUCGAGCUCAGAAUAUUAUCAUCAGUUGGCAAGUUUCAGAAGGAUCACCAUGAAAGUGUAACCUCUCCACAACACGUGCCAUAUUUCUAUGUUUCUAAAAGUUGACAAUAAAGAAAUUUCUUUUUUCAUUA